UCUGUUACGAGCGGAAACUUUUUCGGAGGAAACGUUAGUUAUGUGGCAAGCGGAGCCCCGAAAUACAAUUCCAAAGGGAUGGUCGCUAUAUACGAAUCAAACAAUGUAAUCAGUUCGCCAUCCAACUUUCUUCUUCUACAUCCGAGUGAGACGUCGGGUUUGUGGCAGUUAGGAGCUUAUUUUGGACAUUCUGUUUGCGCUGUCGACAUCAAUAAAGAUUCGCUCGACGACCUAAUUGUUUCAGCGCCGUUAUUCAGUAACGUCACCACAGGUUAUGACCAAGGAAAAGUUUUUGUUUUCAUCAACAAUCCAAACGACACCAAGUUACAGAAAUGGGUAUCUGCGUCAUACCGCCCACAAUCACUCAGUGGAUCAAACGCAAAAGGAGCUCGAUUUGGAAUGUCGGUUGCAGUGGUUGGUGACGUAGAUUUAAACGGAUAUGACGACAUAGCAGUGGGAGCACCAUUUGAAGAGAUUUCUUCAACCGGUAGCGGCGCUGUUUACAUUUAUUAUGGAUCCAGCAAAGGACUGAGUGAAACACGAAAACAGCGCAUAACCGGGAAGUCCGUUACAUCACCGUUAAAAACAUUCGGCGGGUUUAUUGUAUCGGGAACAGGAGCCCAAAAUGACGUAGAUGGAAACGGAUACUCUGACGUGAUAAUAUCAGCACCUUCCAGCGAUAGAAUUAUUAUCUUACGAGCUCGACCGAUUGUCAAAGUUCGAACACAAAUCACUUUGAAUCCUCCAUCUAUCGACUUAAUCAACUGUCUCAGUAAUUCAUCAGCUCCUUGUACGAGUGUGACGGUGUGCUUAACUGCAUUCUACACGGAUGAUCAAGUCUUAACAUCACCAGCACCUAUCAAUGUAACUAUGAAGUUGGAUUCUUUACUCGGCAAUCAAGGUAAUAAAAGACUCGUGUUCGCUGGAACAACGUCAUCAAUUCAUAUAAAGGUGUACAACGUCACUUCAUCGCGUGUUUGCUUCACUUUGCCGGUUCAGCUGAACCCUGCAUAUUUUGAAUCAACUUUAUCGACGGGAGACUUCGGGAUAGUGUCACGACUCGAAGUGAGCUAUGAUUACACGACCAGUCAUAAAAACACGAUCAUGUCUGCAAUGCUUGACCCCUGGUCGCCAAGGGUUACCACUGCUGACUGGUCGUUUCAAAAGAAAUGUUCAGAAAUGAAGGGAACCAGAUGUAGUCACGACUUGAAAAUUGAAACAGCUUAUUCUGUUCCAUCUCAUGUUGUAAUGUCCCAACCUUUGAUUCUUGGUUCAAAUCCUGGUCUUCUAUCGAUCAAUGUAACGAUCACCAAUCUGGGUCCCGACCAUUCCUAUUUUACAAGGAUUAACGUCGUUGGAAAUCUUGACCUAACCAAGGUAGUCGGUACGUGUGUGACCAUCAUCGGACAAACAAACAUGCCAAAUGACACAACUGUUACUUUCAAGUCGGCAAACUCAAAUUUACCAGGUUUUAUGUUUAAAGACGAAAAGUGUUUUUUCAUAUUGGAAUACUCGCUGGAAUCUUUAACGAAAAAGGCAAUAGUGCGGGAGAUUCUAUUGAAAGGGUCCGUGUAUUCUGGCGCGAACGACACAGCGAACGUCAUAGACCCAAUGAUGCACAACAACCAAUUCGAACUCCGCAAACAAGUUUUCUAUACAGCCACAAUCGCUCACACUAGCAACUCGGUACCGAACUCUAUGUUCUACAAUCGCACCGUGUCUCCCUUAGCAAGUAUUCAUAACAUCAAUAAUGAAUUCUUGGGAGGUUCAACGUAUGCUGUAUUUCAUAAACAUUCGAUUGAGAACCGAGGACCAAACCUUGUUGCAAAAGCUUCUCUUGUGUUUACAUGGCCGAGGCAAACCAAGGAAGGAUUACCACUGUUAUAUCUCUACCAUUUCCAAUGCUUGCCUUUAACUUUGUGUCAUUGCGCAACGAUGGAAAAAGUAAACGAAUACGGACUCGCGAUAAACAACGGAACCGGUUUAAAAAAUAUUUCAAUUGACUUCAAUUCUAACACAGUUCUCCCGACAGAUACUACUUGCAACGACGUGAAGUGCGAUUCCAUCACGUGCACUGUCAAUCAACUUGGAAAGUUCUCCACAGUAGUGGUGACGUCAUCAUUUAAAGUCUGGUUACCAACAUUAACCCAGAAUAACCUUGCAACAAAACUAUCAAGCAAGACAAGUUUUAAUGUCACGGAUUCUCCCAUCUAUAACCUUGCAGCUACAACAACCACGGCAACUACCGUGGUAUCAAAAUACCUUCCACCGGUUCCACCAAUUGAUCAAAGCAAACUAGACAUCGGUCCACUCAUAGGGGCAAUAGUUGGAGGAAUUGUUCUGCUUGUUGUCAUCAUGCUUAUAAUGUGGAAGGUGGGAUUUUUUAAGAGCAAGUAUGCUAAAAUGCGACGUGAAGCAGAAAACACGGACGACAACCACGAAUCAGAACACAAGGACGACAGCCAUGCUGGGGCAGAAAACACAGAUGACAAUGAAAUUACAGUACAAACCAAUGCAGACGAAUAGAUUGAUUUCAAAUGUGUACAUGGAACUGUUAAUUAAUGAAAACUUUAACUUUUCUAACUGCUGCCUUC